GUAUAGUAAACACACCGAUGCUCCGGUAGCAUCGCUAGUUCUUCGCUUACCCGCUGGAUUGACGUCUCUGUGGGACUUUAUAACAACUAAACUAACUGGAAGAGGAUGGACAGCUGCUGACACUCCCCCCCCCUCUGUAUAUACAGGAACGUUCAGCUUCACGAUGUCGGCUGACGGUGAGCUCAGCACCGACACCAGUGACGACAACAAACUGGUCAGACCAAAAGUAGAGUUCCGCUCUCUGCUGCAACAUGCAGGAGCCACAAAAGAUGUUUUCACAAUGAAGGAGGUGAUGUUCUACCUGGGUCAGUACAUCAUCCAGAACCAGCUGUACGACCAGAAGCAGCAGCACAUCGUCCACUGCUCCCAUGAUGCAUUGGGGCGUGUGCUGGGAGUCGACAGCUUCUCCGUGAAAGAGCCACGAGUUCUGUUUGCAAUGAUCACCAAGAACCUGUUGGCUGUGAAGAAUCAAGAUUCUCCCCCCAGCGAGAACGAACCAAACGGCAACAGUCCGACAGACCGAGGGACAGAGGAGGCAGAAUCAGAAAGCCGCUCUUCAUCACCAGACAGGAGGAAGAGGAAAAGAAGGAGGAGGAGGAGAAGGAGGAGCUGCAGGAGUAAUGAACCAGGCCCCUCCCACAGUGCCGAGGAAGAUGAAGACGAGGAGGAGUCAGAGGGGGAGGAGGAAGAAGAGGGGGCGAAGAGGAGGAGGUCUGACAGCUUCUCCCUCACCUUCGAUGACAGCUUGUCCUGGUGUGUGAUUGGUGGACUGGGAGGCAGGCGGGACAGACACAGCAGCCAAUCAUCAGAAUCGCACAGCACAUCUGGGAGGUCAGAGGUCACGGUUCCAGCCUCAGACUCAGAAAGCGACAACUUCAGCGUCGAGUUCGAGGUCGAGUCGGCAGAUUCAGACGAUUACAACGAAGACGACGCUUCUCUGUCGGCCGACGACCAGGUGUACGAGGUCACCAUCUUUGAGAAAGAAGAAGAAGACUCCUUCGACGAAGACACAGAAAUCUCUGAAGCUGAUUACUGGCGCUGUGUGAAGUGUGACGAGUUGAACCCCCCCCUCCCAAGAAACUGCCUCCGCUGUUGGACGAUGCGACACGAUUGGCUGCCGGACGAGUCCCUCAAUGCUGCUAACUCCUCCCCCUCCAGUCCUAAAGCUCUGCCCAAAAAGCCAACCGACCAAUCGGCAGCCAAAGAACCUUCAGGUUCUGAUGUCGAGGAAAACGAAGGAGUCGAUGUUCCAGAUGGGAAACGGGCGAAAACUCUUGUUCUGUCGCAGUGUCUCUCCGACUGCACCUCCUCUGCUACCGAGUCCCAGGAACUCAUCUCCUCCUCCCAGCCCUCCUCCUCCUACUCCUCCUCCCUGGACUCCCAGGAGCUUCUUCAGUCCUCCCUCACUUCUUCACCUGCACCUCCUCCUGGUCCCGCGGUCCCGGAGCUGGAACGCAGCUUGUCGGAGGAGUGGCGUUUGCCCGAGUCGUGCCUCGACCCUUGCCUCAUCUGUCAGUCCCGGCCCAAGAACGGCUGCAUCGUCCACGGACGAACGGGACACCUGAUGUCCUGCUACGUCUGCGCCAGGAAGCUGAAGAAGAGGAACAAGCUGUGUCCCGUCUGCAGGCUGCCCAUCCAGUCUGUGGUCCUCACCUACCUCAGCUGAGACUCCCGUCCGUCCCGUCCCGUCUCCUGUGCUCACCUACCUCAGCUGAGACUCCCGUCCCCUGUCCUCACCAACAUCAACUGAGACUCAUCCUCUUUCCUCACCUCACUCUAUGCUUAGCCACCAUGUCUCACCCCCUCUGUCCUCACCCUCUUCACAUUUAGGCCUUUGCCACCACAGGCACUUAAAGACACGUAUGUUCAGGUGUUGCUCUCGUCAUAGCUGGAAUCUUAUAACAUGUUCAGUAGUGAGUGAUUUGUCUUCACUUAGUCAGUUAUUCAUCAACUAUUUGUGAUAAUCUAUAGCUCGUCUUCAUCGUCCUCUGGUUGCAGCUUCUCUUCAUCAUUGGUUGGUGAAAUAAAACAAAAAACAUCCAGAUAUGACAUCUUGGGCUUUGGUAAAUUAACACUAGAAUAAUUCCCUCUUAAUUUCCUGACCUUCUGAAUCUUUAGUUCAGUGCGAUCGAACAUCACAUCCUCCACUUCUUCCAUUUAUUGAAUUAAUUUAGUUAUGUAAAUGUCAGAUUAUCAGUCACAUCAUAAAUGUUCUGAUUGGUUGAUCACAUUUGAAAAUAAGACAACCUAGAACGUUAUGGUUUCUUCUUAGUUCAGGUUCUACGUCAUUAAGUACCUUUUAGUAGAAAAGAAGUCAACGCAUCACAAGAGUAAACAAAGAUCUUAACAAAUCAUCUUCAAACGUCUGGUUUUGUCAGAAUAACUUUAAAACUCAACGAAGAAUUUCCAUUCACAGAAUAUUUAAAUGAUUGAUUUCAUUGUGUUUUUCUUUCAAUGAUCUCAAACACUUCCUGGACACAGGAAGACGCUCGUCAGACAAACAGGUUACACUUAACUUCACAUUUUGUAUUAUAUGGACACUUCAAAUUUUUUCAAAGAUAAAAAAAUCUUAUCUGCAGUAUUUAUUUGGAAAGAGGAAACUAUCGAAAGUUUGGCAUUCUUUCCUUUUUGGAACAAUUGUUUAAACAGUUCCUAGAUAUUUAAAAAAAAUCUAAAGUAAGAGGAGAAACUGGUGCAUUUACUGGAAACUAUUUCACAAUGUAAUGCAGUAAUAUCAUUCUAUUUAUGGCAGUAGGAGGAUGUACCUACUAACAGAGUUUUAGUACAUUCGUCACCAAACUCGUCUUUUUAAAAAUACACUUAAACAUCAACAUGAUUUCAUUCUCCUUCAUCUGCUUGUGUCCUGAUCCCUUGUUGUCACUCGCCUCAGCUGAUCCCUCUGACGCUUUAAACAAACUCUCCUUCUUACACAGUCAGCUCGAUGUCGGGUUUGAUUCCCUUUCGAGUGGAACCUGCUCUGUUGCUGCAUCUGAUUUGUUUCUUCAACAUUUUAUUUUACUGGUCUAUAAUUCCCUGGAAAGAAUUCUGUCGUUUGCAUAGAAAUUAAUAUUUAUUUACUGUCCAGUUAUUGUAAAUUUUCCUCCAGAGACAGAAAAUUUGACAAAAACUUCUCUAGUUUACAGCUGCAUUUAUUUUUCGAUAUAAAUUACAAUUGCAUGGUUCUUUCUGGGGAAACUUUAUUGUAAAUAAUUAGCAAAUAGUUUUUUAAUAUUAUGCACCAGUGAAAUAAAUGUCAUCUUCUCAUCGUAAGUUUCCUGGAAAGACGUUUAAUAUUUUCCUGAGAGGAAAACUUCAUUUGACUUCUUCACAGAUUCAUAACUUUAGACAGUGAAACUUUAUUCCAUUGUUUAGUUUUUUGCUGUCCCGGCUGCGCACUGACUCUUAAAGCCGCUGGUAACCAUCACUGCACCAGUUCAAUCGUUCUUUCCAGGAAACUUGAAACAUGAGGAAAGAUGUGGCUCCAUUAUAAAAAGUGUUGAUAACAUCCCUGAUAUUUAUUUGUGUAUUUAAGAUGCUUGGAAGUUUAUUUUAACAGACACUUUUCUAUGAGCUCUUUAAAUAAUAAGAUGAAUCUAGUGAGAUGUUUAAUUUCUGUGAACUGAAUAAAGUUUAACUUGUCUGAUCAAAA